AUGUACUUAUAUAGCGUUGAUCUCGGUAGCGCGUGUCUGAAGAAGACCUCCAACAGAUCAGUUCUUCGGCGGACCUCCGCCAACAUGUUUCGUGUACAAUGGCACAGACCCACACUAUUCGUGUUGUGUUUUUUUCUGUUUUUAUUAUCAAUGCCAUGUGCUGUUGGAGAAUGUUGGUACAAAGAUGAGCUCCACGCCGAAGGCACCCAGGUAAUCACACCCGAACCUUGUCUAAAUUGCACUUGCAACAAAGGAGCUUUGCUGUGUUAUUUGCGAGUUUGUCCCACGCUUCCAAACCCGCCUCCACCAGGAUGUAUUUUGCUCCACAAGUUCGAAACAUGUUGCCCAGAACUAAUUUGUUCAGAUGGCCACAACUACGUGGAAGCCCGUUCGGACCCAGACGAGUACCUUUUAGGGGAAAAUUCCAGUCUAGAAGAAGUUGCAUGUGUUGUGAAUGGGAGUGUUUAUGGGCCCGGUUCUGCCAUGGACUCAUCAACACUGUGCGAGUACUGUUAUUGCUUGGGCGGCAAACAAGUCUGCGUGAGCCCUAAGUGUCUCCUACCGAUUGAGGAUUGUCGCCCGAAGUACGACCCUAGUAAUUGUUGUCCGACGCACUACGAGUGCAACCACUCAACCACCACCGUUAGUACCACGACCAAAAGUACCAAACUUAUCGGGAAACACAAAGGGGGGUGUGUUGUUGACGGUGUUUAUUACAAAGAGGGUGAUAAAGUACUAGGCGCUGGUCACUCGGAGUGUGAUAAUUGUUACUGUCUACGAGGGGUGUUGAGGUGUGAACCAUUAGCGUGUGCCCCGGCUCUCUUUGGUUGUGUUCCGGUGGUACGAAAAGGAGAGUGUUGUGCGGUUAGCUACAACUGCAGUGGUACUAUUGAAACAAACCCACAACCCAACUAUGCAGACGUACCCAUAGUGAGUCAACACUACGCCAAGUUCCACAAAGAAUUCGACCAAGACGUGAACAACCAAACCGGUACUAUUUUGAACUACGACGGAGAUCUAACCCAAACCACGAAAAUCCAACGAAACACUGACUCUGUCAUUGACGACAGAUUUAACAGAAAAAUCGAAUCUAACAAUGUGUUAGAAGAUCUGACUACUACAGCUGAAACGACGACCGACUAUAGUCAAACGACGUUCGAGUACUCUACAGUUACAGACGAUUUUACAGAAACUACGCUUAACUCAGUCGAGACUGAUAUUCCGUCCGAAACUACAGCGUACGUCGUUACUGUGCAGACAGUUCUUAAUUCCACGGACUGCAUUAAAGAAAACAAUUCAUUCGAAACGGAGUACCUUGAAAAUGACACCAAUACCCAGGAAACAAUCGAGUACUCACCAGAUGUCGUACUACAAACUAAAAACAAUAAAGACGUUAAUGCAACUGUAACAACUGUGGAUUCGAUUAACCACGAAAAAAACACAAGUACCGACAUUUUCAAUAAAAAAGACACGAUUUCCGACUACGAGUACGACUACAACGAACCUUCAUUACCACCGUCUUUGCCAAAUUUGCGGAUCAUUCCAUUUCUUGCAGCAGAUGCUCUAGAUUUGAAAAAUUCAGAAAAUGGUGCUGUUUAUUCGUCGAAGGAACUCGUGACGGAUUCGUCGUACAUGAACUACAAUUUAUUUUCGCCUCCAGUAGAGACGGAGGGUGGCUUUAUUCCAAAAGAACCCCCCAUUUUGGACAACGUGUUCGAAAACACCAUCGCUUCCACCACGAAUUUACCCAAACUACACGAAAUAAGUUGUUUGCUAGAAAAUUUGGAGAUUCCGCAUGGGGAUACAGCGCCUGCGCAGUCACCCUGUGAAACAUGUAGAUGUUUUUAUGGAAACGUCGUGUGUCAGAAAAUUAAGUGUCCCGGGCCACAGUUUGGUUGCAAAGGGUCACUCGUGCAAGAUUUAGCUUCGUGUUGCCCGCACUAUGUGUGCGACAACGAAGUACCAGAUCGCACGAAUCUCGCACCCCAAAGCUUUUACUUUGAUAAGGUUAUUCCAACAACAGAAAUGACGUCAACGAAAAUAAGCAUGUCGUCUUUGGAAGAUCUUGAAGUGAGCACGGAUUCCACCAGUCACUACAGUACGACCCCGACUGUCUUCAUAACCACUAAUUUUAAGUCAGAGGGUAAACGCAGCGACGUUGGUCACCGGAAUUCCGUGGACACCAAUCCGAAUCUAGCUGUUUUGAAACUAGCGGGUUGCAAUAUUUAUGGAAGAAUGUACAGAGUCGGACGCAUCAUUUCAGAAUUGUCAAACCCGUGCCUGGAGUGCAAGUGCACGGAAAUCGGUGUCCAGUGUAAGACUCUCAAGUGCUGAGUCGUGUCUCGAAAAUUACAACUGAUCUCAUUCGCUAUUUAUUGCUUGUGGAAAGUCCACUGUGAAAGUAAGUUAGUAAUAAAGGCACCCAGAGAAUUUUGGUUAAAUUUGGUCACAGUAGAUUUUCCAACAGUACCGUCUGAUCAACUGCGUUGGUCACACGGUACCACUUUUACAUGUACAUUUUUGCGGUGUACUUUGAAUAAAAAAUCGAAAUUGA